AUGUUUGGUUACGCUGCCAACACGUCGAUGUUUGGCGGUGACGUCGACCCCAGAGUCCUCAACGUGGCGCCAAAGUGCACGGGUGAUGAAAGUGACGUGACUGACUGUCCAGGGUUCGCGUCCAUCUGGUCAGACAGAUCUGUGUGCAGCAAGGGACAGGCUGCCAUCAUCUGCAUCUCUGAUUUAGGCAUCAUCUUCACGCAACCCCGACAUCGUCCGGUGACGGCAGGACGACCGGAGGUGUAUUACUACGGGUCUUGGGGGACUAUAUGUAACAAGGGAAUCACACAGAGGGAGAUCACUAUGUUGUGUACCUUCAACCAGUACUGGACAUCGUUUGGUAAAAUGGUUUCCGCAAGCCAGUUCGGGAACAGCAACCAUCCAACCAAAAUACAGAACCUCCAGUGUGUCGGCAACGAGCCGUCCAUUGACUACUGCACGUGGGAGAAUAGCACGUGCAGCCAUAACCUGGAUGUCGGGAUCUCGUGUGAAAAGAGGCACAUUGACGGUCAUGACAUCACCCUGACGGGGGGACCUCAGCCCUGGAAGGGCCGAUUCGAGGUGCAUCUGUCCAACAGAAACAUCACAGCAUCUGUCUGUAGUGGAGAUAUGUGGUUCUCCCCAACAGACGCUGUCCUCGUUUGUCGGAGUAUGGGAUUCAGCAAAGGGGGGAAAUCCCUCCCACCAAUGCCGGUGUCGCCUACAGCACCCAACAUCAUGCAACAGCUAUACUGUGUUGGGUUCGAGUCUAACAUCGGAGAGUGCAACGGCAGGUGGAUCCGGGACAGCAACGAUUGCCCCACCUUUCCACCACUAGUGGGGGCUGUGGACUGCACCCCGGAUGGUUUGGAGGUAAAAGUCACAGCCGGAAAGUUGCCCUUUGAAGGAACAGUCGAAAUUCUGUCAAACGGACACUGGUCAACGGUGGACAGUACGUCUGUGAACGAGAACGAGGCUAAGGCAAUUUGUUCUACUAUGGGCUUUCAGGACACAACUCCACGAAUAUUUCCGGCGGAUCACUUCCGUUUUCCGGGGCAUCUUCCGAUUGUAUCCCUACACUGCCCGAGCUACGCUAUCCACAUAGGCCAAUGUGACAUCAAAGGUGCCGCAAAUCCCAACGCAAAGCAUGCUGGGAUACAUUGCUUUGACUGUGGUCUCCAGUACUACGGCCACGACACCGGCGUCAUCACGUCAGACAACUACCCCGCGGCGGUGACCGGCGACGUGGAUUGUCUGUACCACAUCAGAACUACGGGUCAGCAGCAGAAAUACAGGUUUUAUUUCACUGACCUGCACCUCGGGAACCAUGGCCAUGUGACGAUCCGCGUGGAUCCAAUGGACCCUCCACUGUCGUCCAUCUCGGGCAACCAAGGACCCUCUGACGUCAUCUUCACCAAGGAUCUCUACAUCAGAUUCAAGGCCUUGAAAGGCGCCAAGUUCCAGUUCAAAUGGGAAACCUAUACGGGUGGCCGUAAGGAACUAGAACAAACAGUCUCCGUACAGUGCACCCCGGAUGCCAUCACAGCUUCUGUGGACCUUCCAAAACUCAAGGCAGCGUUUGUCAAUACCGACCCCUCACACCUGUAUCUCGGUGACGUCACGUGUACAGGUGUAACCCAUGGCAACAUGUGGUCAGCUACAGCAAAUCACGGCUCCUGCAAAACGCAAAGACAGGCCAGUAUUCAGCUGGAUAACCACAGCCACACAAGAACAGCUUUUUGA